UAAACCCGAUAAAACGACAGUGCAAGACUCCGUCGCGCUUGAUGACUUGCUGAUUUAUGCCAAUUUUGUUCCUUCCUUCCAGUGCAAUCUUCUUAUACUAGUGUAUAUUAACUGGAGACUAUUGCUCGUUGAUUGUCCCUCGGCAAUGGAAAAGGGAGAAAGCUCUACCGCUACACUUCCGCAAGAUGAAGUUUGGGCCAAACUCAAGUUUGAUCAAGAUUGUGAACUGAACGAUCUGUCACCGUACCGACAGACUCCCUCUAUUCAGAAAUUGAGUUAAGGCUGAAGGAGACAGUAAUAUGCAGUGAAGUGAAGAAUUCUUAUUCAGAAAAGCAAGAAUGGUGUAAAAUAACAAGGAAUGUGGAUCUAGAUUCUGCCAUGAUGCAAAAUAAGAGUUCCAAAGAAAUUCUUGUUGAUGAGACGGUUGUUCAGGAUGAGCAUGCUGCUGUAAUUAAGUGUGGCAGUGAAAUUUCGCUGGGUCCCAGUGAUGAAGGUUAUGUGAAAUACCGAUUCAAAAUAAUGUCUAUUGAGGAAUCCCGCAGAUAUAUACAGAUUUCUCUCGAUGUUGAGUAUGCAAAAUGCUGCAUCUGCUUAAAUAUCUGGCAUGAUGUUGUCACAGCUGCUCCUUGCCUUCACAAUUUUUGCAAUGGAUGCUUUUCAGAGUGGCUUAGGAGGUCUCAAGAGAGGCGUUCAAGUGUUUUAUGUCCCCAUUGCAGAGCAGUUGUACAUUUUGUUGGAAGGAACCAUUUUUUGCAUAACAUUGAAGAAGAUAUACUGCUAGCUGAUCCUUCUUUAAAACGCUCGAGUAAAGAUAUUGUGCUGCUUGAUUCCUGUGCAUCAAUAAAGUCACCGCUUGUCCUCAGCAGUAGAAAACGUCACCGGAAGAGGGAACGUUCUCCAGCAGAUGCAGCAGAUAGCUGGGACCAUUCAUGCCCUCAGUGUGACACUGAAUAUGGAGGUUAUAAGUGCAAUGAAAACACAGUUCAUCUUCAAUGUCAAGCGUGUGGUGGGAUGAUGCCCUUUCGAUUAAAUGUUGGAGUGCAACAACACUGUUUGGGAUGUGAUCGAGCAUUUUGUGCUGCUUAUUGGCAUUCUCAGGGUGUUAAUGGAAGCAACUUACAUCCACUCUGCAGUCCUGAAACGUUCAAGCCUAUUGCAGAACGUGCAAUUUCUAGAAUCCCCUCCUUGGCACAUGAGAAGAAUCAUUAUGAACAAAAUGUCACUGAAAGAUGCAUUAGACAGAUGGGGAAGUCGUUACAGGAUGUGGUAGCUAAUUGGAUUUUGAAGUUGGAUAAGCGGGAGAUAGAUCGCACAAGAAUGCCUUUGAAUCAUGUAGAGAUGAUAACUUCUCGUACACCUACUUGUAGUGAGUGCUACGACAAGUUAGUCUCAUUCCUUUUGUAUUGGUUCAGAAUUACAACUAUAGGACAUCAUUUACCUUCAGAGGAUGCUCAGAGGCAAGACUGCUGGUAUGGGUAUGCUUGUCGCACACAGCACCAUAACCAAGAACAUGCUCGGAAGAGGAAUCAUGUCUGCCGGCCAACAAGGGGUAAUCAUGUGUAAAAAUUCAUCUGGUUUUCUGUUUGAAAUUUCUGUUCAGGGGAUUCUCUAGUUAUGAAAAUGUCGUAUUCUUGAACUCGAUUCUAUUUUUGUGAUUCUCAUCUAUGAUGAACUAUAAGCAUCUGAUGUUUUUCA